AUGGCACCAACAUAUACGAACUCCAAUGGUUGCCCAAUUCCAGAACCAUUUGCUACUCAAAGAAUUGGUGAGCAUGGUCCUCUUUUGUUACAGGACUUCAAUUUGAUUGACUCUUUAGCUCACUUUGAUCGUGAGAGAAUCCCAGAGAGAGUUGUUCAUGCUAAAGGUUCUGGAGCAUAUGGUUACUUCGAGGUCACGGAUGACAUCUCAGAUGUCUGUGGUGCUGCCUUCUUAGACACUGUUGGAAAGAAGACAAAGAUUUUCACCAGAUUCUCAACUGUUGGUGGUGAGUUGGGUUCUGCUGAUUCAGCUAGAGAUCCAAGAGGUUUUGCCACUAAAUUUUACACUGAAGAAGGUAACUUAGAUUUGGUAUAUAACAAUACCCCAAUUUUCUUUAUUAGAGACCCAUCAAAGUUUCCACAUUUUAUUCAUACUCAAAAAAGAAAUCCAGAAACUCACUUGAAAGACCCAGAUAUGUUUUGGGAUUACUUGACCUCUAAUCAGGAAGCCACUCACCAGGUCAUGAUUUUGUUCUCAGAUCGUGGUACUCCUGCUUCUUAUAGAACCAUGAAUGGUUACUCAGGUCAUACUUAUAAAUGGUCCAACAAGAAAGGAGAAUGGUAUUACGUUCAGGUUCAUUUCCUUUGUGAUCAAGGAGUCAAGAAUUUGAAUAAUGAACAGGCAGGUGAGUUGGCCGGUUCUAACCCAGAUUUUGCUCAAGAAGAUUUGUUCAAGAACAUUGCCGCGGGAAAUAAUCCAUCCUGGACUUGUUAUAUUCAAACUAUGACUCCUCAGCAAGCAAAGGAAGCACCAUUUUCUGUUUUUGAUUUAACGAAGGUCUGGCCGCAUAAGGACUAUCCAUUAAGAAGAUUUGGUAAAUUUGUCUUGAACGAGAACCCAAAGAACUACUUUGCUGAAGUUGAGCAAGCAGCUUUCUCCCCAGCCCAUACUGUUCCUUAUAUGGAACCAUCUGCUGAUCCAGUUUUGCAAUCGAGAUUAUUCUCUUAUGCUGAUACUCACAGACAUAGAUUGGGUACUAAUUAUACUCAAAUCCCAGUCAAUUGUCCAGUCACUGGUGUAUUUAACCCACACAUGAGAGAUGGUGCUAUGACUGUAAAUGGUAAUUUAGGCUCAACACCAAACUACUUGGCCACAUCUAGACCCGUUGAAUUCAAAAACUUUAAUUUGCAAGAACAACAAGAGGUGUGGGAAGGCGCUGCCUGCCCAUUCCACUGGAAGUGCACUGACGAAGAUUUCAAGCAGCCUGCUGCUUUAUGGGAAGUGUUGGGCAGAUAUCCAGAUGGUCAAGCACAUUUGGCUCAUAAUGUUGCUGUUCACGUUGCCAAUGCAUCUCCACACAUUCAAGAUAGAGUCUUCGAAAUGUUUUCUAAGGUUAAUCCUAACUUAGGUAAUGCUAUUAAAAAGGAGGCUUUACAAAUCUCUCCAAGAAAAUAA